GGGAAAGAAGCCAAAGUAUGCAGCAAUGAAUUUGCUGAAUGUUUGAAGGCCAAAGACAACAAAAAAGUGAUAUGUAACAAUAGCUAAACAACAACACCGCAGUGACAAAAUUUUCAAUGCGUCCAUUUGUUGUUGAACAGCAAAUGGUUAUAGCAACAACAACAACAACUAUAGUUACCUACUUAUAUUAGGGAGUAAACCGCGGCGCAACCAUCAGCGCUGAUGAGUGAAUAAAUAUUUAUUUAAAUGAGCGAGCAACAAAAAAUGAAGUGCCAGAAAAGUUAUUGAAGCGAAAUAUUUUGACAAAACAAACAAAGGAGCAUCGUUAACUGCCUCCAGUUUGCAGUUUCAGUCUAAAUUUUGAUCAGCGGAAGUGGACGGACAGCUACCUUGGAAUUUUUGCAGGCUGCCAUACAUUUCCUGCAGCAGAAAAUAGUGCGCUCUGGCGUCAUUUGGAAUACACCGACAUCUCCGUUCAGCAGAAUGUACAAAAAGUGGUUAAUUUGGUCCUGUUUCAUCUGCUUGCGGUUCAUGGUUGAUGCUCAGCACAAUAGCUCGCGUUACUAUGUAAAUCACAACAGUUCGAGCGAUUCAUCAGCGCAUCCCUACAACAACUUGAACUCAAGCGACCACACAUAUCGAGAUGCUAUAGAAAUCUCUCGAUCGUUGAACUCCAGCCGUUAUGCUUACGAUGAUGAGUAUGAGGACGAUUUGGAUUUUGUGAUAAGCGAUAAGGACUUUGGGGUGUAUGAGUACUUGAGACAUACCUCAAUCAUUUUUGGCUUGACCAGUGUGGCGAAUGACAGCAAUGUGAAUUUGGCGUGCCAUCGACAAAUGAGACAAAUUCAACAUGGAAUUCUGCGGAAGGAGCCCUGGGCGAUGAAAGUCCUGGACGCUUCCGCCACCAAACCAUCAGGUUUCGUCUUUGGCCAGAAUUUUUGGUUGGGCAGCCGCGAAGCUUGCGGUACUGUCAAAAGUCCAGUCGCCAUCACACUCUCGAAGAACUAUCAACGCAUCAUGCACUUUGCCCUCAUCACCGAACGGGCACCAUUCGAUGUGGACUAUCGCGUAGUCUAUUUGCGUCAUCACUCACCUUGGCAGGUGGAGAUCAAAAUGAUGUCAGAGGAAAUCAUACACGUUGGACUUUGCCUGCCCACCACCUGCACAACGCAUGAAAUCGAAGAAAUGUCGAGAGCAUAUUUGGAACGUAGCUUAUUUGUGGAGAAUGACAUUUACGAUAUACGACCGCAAGUGGUUUACGUGAAAGAUUUGAAAUUGAAUGCUAGUUUCUUCGAGAAGCGCACAUUCAAGAUGAUGUCUGUGUUUCUAGCAUUCACGAGCCUAAUGCUUUUGGUCGCAGCUUUCUUGCGCGUGAAACCGUUGAUGGAUACUAAGCAGGAAAACAGUUUGAUGGUGGCCAAGACAAACGCGAAUGUUAUUUCGCAAGAGCUGCUAGCCACUAAUGCCAAUAAUGAUGCUGCCCAAACUGCGGAUGUUUCUGCGCCUGGCUACAGUUCACUGCCCGACUUGCGUGGUUUUGUUAAAUGCUUUGACUUGGUGGAAAAUUAUGAUAAAAUGUUUACGUUGAAAGAAUGUACGACGCGUGAAAUUCCAGUCAUAAAUGGUUUGCGUUCGGUGUGUGCGAUGUGGAUUGUGCUCUUCCAUGUGACGUGGUACAUGUACUUUACGGUGAACAAUAAGGCCUUCCUGAUUUCCUACGCCGAGCGAGUUUUCUUUCAAUAUGUCAGCUCGGCGCCGCUCUUGGUGGAUGUCUUCUUCACUAUAAGUGGUUUCCUGCAAACCUAUAACUUCAUGCGAAAUACCAAGCAGAUGGAAAUGAUACGCACGAAUAGCCUGAUGCAGAAUGUCAAACAAUUCUUCAAAUUGCUGUUCCAUCGCUAUCUCAGGCUAGGCCCUCUGUACUUGGUCAUAAUGGGCACAGUGGACUUAUUCUAUGCCUAUAUAGCCGACGUGUCUGUCUAUCACAUCAGCGAACGCUUCGACGAGAAGUGCACACAAUAUUGGUGGCGUAAUUUGCUCUUCAUACAGAAUCUGUUUAGUCACAACGACAUGUGCCUCAACUGGACUUGGUCGCUGGCGUGCGAAAUGCAAUAUUUUGUUUUGGCCACAAUACUACUCUUCACCUACGCCAAAAAUCCACGUUUGGUUAAAGGUUUUACGUCUGCUAUUUUUGUUGGCACAAUUUUCUGGAGUUAUUCAAUCGGCUUGGGUGCGAAAUUUCAGUUGUCCUUUGACUCUGCUUUUGCCACGGGCACUGAGGUCUACAUUAGUCCCUUCGUGCGCAUUUUACCUUACGUACAGGGUGCUGCAACGGCGUGGUAUCUGCUGGAACGACAGUCACCAAUCGAAAUGAGUGAGAUGAAGGAAAAGUGUAUUUGGAAUUUGGCCAUUUUGGUGUUCUUCUCCUGCAUUUAUUCAACCAUCAAACGGGAUAUGUCAGUGCUGUCGGCGAUUUCGCUCUUCAUCAUCGGACGCCUACUCUUCUCGCUGAGCGUUUGCUGGAUGAUUGUGGGUAGCGCGACCGGGCAUGGGGUUUGGUGGUCGCGCAUUUUAGAGGCGAAGGUGUUUCAGCACAUCAAUCGGGUGUCGUAUGCCAUAUAUUUGCUGAAUCCAUUUGUGAUAGCAUUCUUCUUUAGCUUGACGAAUGCGAGCACGCAUGCCGAUCCGUUGAUGUUGUGCGUGCUCACAUCGGGUUUUGUGGUGAUUAUAUAUCUGGCCUCUGUCGUUUUCUCGCUGGCCUUCGAAAUGCCCUACUGUAAUUGGUCCAGUUUGAUGAUUAAGCGGGGCAGUAAGAAGAAACGCCUAUAAAUAUGCAACUAGUUGUAGGAAGAUUUAAGUUUUAACUGUGAAUGUGUAAAUAUUGUGGCUAUUUGUUGGAAGGUGCUUUUUGACGCUUCGAAAUCUUAGCGUUUACUUGAUUAGCGUAAACGCUUUGCUUUUCUGUUUUGCCGUUAGUGCCUUAACUUUUUUUUAUUACUUUUGUAUUGAAUUGAUUGUGAUCGUAAUCCAUCCAGUUUGGUAGCUAUGUAAGUUUAAUAUUAGA